AUGGAUCGCACGGCCAAGGAUCGCGAUCGCAGCCGCGGCCGCGAGGACCCGGGGGGCGGAAGCAUGCCAGAUCCGCUGACAGAUCCAGCGAUCGAAGACGAAGAGAAGAUGCACGAGACAGAAGACGGUGAGGACAGGGAGCUUCAGGUGAUUCGGUGUUCCAAGAUCUGA